UACUGGAAAUGAGCAGGUGGUGUUGUCGGUUGACUCCCUGUUCUUGACUCAUUGGGGGAUUCCUGAACUCCGAGCAACACAUCAUGAAGUUUUAUUUGGCUGCAGCUUCUUUGGCAUCGUUCCUCGUCUUUCUGUCUCCAGCUUGGACGAUGGAGACCUGUGGUCCGCCUCCGAACCUGAGGAACGGAUUCAUCCAGAAUCCCAAAGACUUGUACAGGGUCGGAUCCACGGUGGAUUUUUCCUGCAUUGAGGGAUUUAAACUCAGUGGACACGCUGCCGCUCGGUGCAAUGAAGACAAGACGUGGACGCAGGGGACGUGGGUUUGUAUAAGAUCCAGGUGUCUGUUCCCACAACUCAGCAGGGAUGUUGUGGGCACGCCCACCAAAGUGUCCUAUCGGAUUGGAGAGACAGUGUCCCUCCACUGUCCUACGGGGUCGCUGCUGGACGCUGAGGUGUCAGAGGUCAUGUGUAGUCCCCUUCUGCAGUGGUCUCCGUCUCCUGCAGGCAUUCGUUGCAAAGCAGCGCCCACAGCUCCCACUCCUCCAGCCGGCCUGAAGUGUAAACCCUGGGAGAAAGUAGGAACCACCGGGUGUGUGUGUAAGAUGCCAUCCGAGUGCAAGACUUCCCUGCCGUUGUGUGCCAGAUUUGUCUCGACUCAAACUCCCCGGUUCAUCAGCCUGUGUCAGCUCGGCGCUCUGCGGUGUAUCGGACGCAGCUUCGCGCUGAACGCUGACACAGACUGUCGAUGGCCACACCCGUCCUGCAGGGACUGUCCACCAGGGACCGUCUGUCACAGUGAGUCAGCUGGAGGAUUAAUAAUGAAGGAUAAAUCUGGUCCCGAUUGCCCCCGAGACUCCGCCCCCGUGUGCGUUAGCUCUGACGUUGCCACGACGAUGACGGAAUGUGAGGUGGGCGCCAGGAGGUGUGCGGGGGAGCGGCUGAACGUGACCGGCAUCGACUCUUGUCCAAAGUAAAAAAUUGUUGUUUUAUUCAAUUUGUAGAUUAAACAGGAAGCUGUUUCUUUCAGAUGUGACUUAAUUGUAAAUAGAGGCUAAAGAUAAUUCUAGCGAUUCUGUGUUUGUUUUCAUAUUUGUCACAGAGGAUAGAUAAUGUUAAAAAAAAUUGGUAAAAAUGACAAAUCUACUUUGAGUAAAGUUAAUAAAACACUUUUCAAAAUAAAA